AUGUACCAUUCAACAACUCAAACUUUCGCUCCUUUGGCAAGCACAGUAAGAAUUAUUCCUUAAUCACCAGUGAUUCUUGGAAAUUAACCUAUUGAAAGCUUACAAUAAUCUGCUAUGCCUCAAUAGCAUCCUUACAUUGAUAAUUAAUCAGGUCUUAGGGAAAAUGAAAAGCUUCAUUAAAUUAGAGUCUAAGCAGCAAGAAUCCAAAAAUUAGAAGAAAGAAUUUCCCUCUUACUUGAAGAAAAUUAAAAGCAAGAAUCUGUUGUUAAUUUUAAACAACAAGAAUCUGUUUAAUGGCAAGAAAAUUAUAACAGUUUGCGCGAUGAUUUUUUAAAGAAAUCAAAUUAAAUGAACCAACUUGAAGAAGAAAUCGAUUAAAUUUUGAAGAAAUAAUCUAAGCUUGUAGAUGAUAUUGAAAAAAAUGAACAAGAUAUCCGUAAUUUGCAUAACGAAAUAUAUGCUAAAAAUGAAGAUAUCCAUUACUGGAAAGAUCGUUCAAAUUAAGCUCUUUCUGCACAAGCAAAAAUUGCAGAACUAGAAAAGCAAAUAGAUAUAUUGACUAAAGAAAAUUCAAAACUUAAUAAAUUGUUAAUGCAAAGUAACGACUAUACAUAAUGA